CUCAUAGGAUAUUGAAAUUCAAGGUUAAACGUACAUACUUCGUACUCCGUAUGCAAUCAAAGAUUGAGAAUAUAAAUCGUCGCCACGGUUGUGUUCCCCUGCAAUUUAUUUCUACGAGGAUGAAUGUGCUAAUGCUCCAUUUCUCAUUUCCGGCUUUAUAACGCUACUUACUUGAGACUUGAGAGCUGUUUUUGAUCCAAUAUUCUAAUGGCUAAUCAUCGUGGGAGUAAUACUGCGUCCGAUCGAAUAAGUCAGCUGCCGGAAGAUGUAAAACACUUAAUUCUGGAGUGCUUAAGCACAUGGGAGGUUGCCAGAACUGCUCUGCUCUCAACUCAAUGGCAUCAUGUUUGGUUGCGGCUCGGCCGGCUUGUCUUUGACUGGGAAUUCGGAGAAGGUUUACACGACAGAGCAUGCUCGAAUUUGGUGAAAACGAUAACUAACGUUCUUUUUCUCCGUUCUGGACCAGUUAAGAAAUUUCGGCUGCAGAUGAGUGAAACUACUCUUCAGAAACCCGACUUAGAUCUGUGGUGUCUUUUUCUAUCAAGAAAUGGUAUCGAGAAACUUCAACUCUCUGUACGGUUUUAUGAAAACUUUAUCCACAAGUACACACUCCCGCUCUGCCUAUUUUCUUGCCCCACAAUUAAGUAUCUGGAACUUGAAUAUGUGGAUUUUUUGUUUCCGGUGAAUGCUCGACUUGGUAGCAUAUUUUCGGGUCUCACCUCUUUAAAAUUCAAGGCUGUUUUGUUUAACCCUAAUGCUACUGGAAUUCUCCUUAAGUUACCUAAUCUUGAAGAGCUGGUGUUUGAUGUAUGUGAUGACAUUCAUAAUUUUGUGGUCAGUGCUCCAAAGCUUAAAAGCCUCACUUUCACUGAUUGUUCGUUGGUUACUGAUUGGAAGUGGUUUGAGGUUCAUGUUCCAGUGAUUAAGACUCUUCACUUUUCUGCAUAUUCGUUUGGGGGCCAUCAUGUUGAUGGAUUAAAUGUGCAAGAGAGGUUGCCAAUGGCAUUAAAUCUGCAAGCGAUUGAGCUGGAUGGAUUAUGCUUUUUUUGCGGGAAGUGCUUGCCUCUUGUUAUUCAAUUUCUUCAAAAAUGUCCCAAGCUCAGCCAACUGGAAAUGUACAUGGGAGUUGAGGAGUGGUCUCCAAGUGUUUUGGAAAAUUUAGACAGAUGGUUUGGUGAUCAAGAUCUGUGCAAGCUUAAAAAAAUUACGAUGAAAGAAUUUAGAGGAUUAAUACCAGAAAUGCUCUUAAUCAAAAUAAUCCUUUCGAAGUCUCCCGAGCUUGAGGAAAUUAUUAUUAUAGAACCGAAUGAUGAUCAGCUAGAUGCUUGUGCGGCUCUCAAAAUUACAAGGGAGAUGAACAGAUUCCCUCGCGCAUCUCCAAAAGCACAAGUUAUCUUCUUUGGAAACUAAAUAGAGCCAUACCAGAGUAACGACCGGCUAAUUUGUUACUGGAUAUAAUAAUAAGACCAUUUGCAGCAGUUUAGAAUUGUAUUUCCAUGGAUUCUGGAUGUGCAUAUAAGAGCACCAAAUUUUGAACCCUUGUUUGUUAGACAAUUGGGUUGUACGGAGUAUCUAAUAGACUAAUACUCGUAUUCUUCAAUUUCGUUUUGUGACUGUGUUUCCC